AUGGCAGAUUCUCGGUCUCGCGGCCUCGAUGCUGACGCGAGCGACAUUGAUCUUCCAGGAACAGAGGCCAGUGUCAAAGAACAGAAAGACAGCAAAGGGUCUAAAAUCAGAGAUUUGAUUGCCUCGGCACAGGAGAAGCUUGAUAAGGGGAACAGCCUCUUGUCCGAUGUCGAGAAUGUCAUCGAAGAUAGUGAAACCGUAGUGGCAGGGUUACUUGCGCCUAUGAAGGAUGUGGCGGUGAUCCUUGGCUAUGUCGCCGAGUUACACCCCUACCUGAAGAUCAUAGCUGGGGUUGCGAAGACCAUCAUCGAUAUGGAGCUGAACCGCAGAGAAAACGACAAGCAAAUUACGGCUGUGUGCUUUACCAUGGCUCGUGUUAUGUCUAUGCUAAACCACUGCAGUACUAAUAGCCAUCUCCAGAGUUCUCUGUUAUUCUUGCUCUCUGACUUGGACGCCGUAUUUGAUGAAGGCAACCAUGUCCACAAGCUUCUGGUUGAUCGCUUGAAUAGAAUGCACACGUCCAUCAUUGGCUUUGCAAACCUUCGCGAGUGCGUCAUAUUGUAUACACUGAGGCCAAAUAUUUUCCCUGACUGCUCUCAAGCGUCUACUACCGCGAGCGAUCGUUCACCGCAAUUCCCAGUGAAGACCCUCAAGUCCACCGGAUACAAGGCCAAGCUCGCAGGAUAUACGCAAGAGUUCUCUGAUCACAAGCAAGAACUACGGCUGUUGCUCUCUGUAAAGUCAUCUCUAACCGUGAAAGAUAUUAAAAUCGAUACCGAGAAGAUCAUUAACAUGCUUGAGGCCCAGUCUGCUAAAGAAGAGUCGAUGGAGCGCCUUAUCAGCAGUAUGGGUGGGCUCGAUGUUAUCGUCAAGAGCGACCAGAGACUUGAAGAGCUGGCAGAGCGCUUUGGGGAGAAGCUGGACCCCGCAAUGAAGAGCAGCCUAAGGAAGGGCUUAGACGAGGUCCUGAAGAAUAACCUCGAGGCAUUCACAAACAAGGUCAAACUCUCCUUAGAACAGAUGCAUGAUGCACAAAGUGUGCUCUUAGUAAAGAUGGACCAGUCAACGUCGGAUGUUACCAAACAGCUAGACUACUCGACCUCUGCCAUUAUUAGCAAGGUGCGUGCUGACACGCAGGUGUUCUCCUAUCCAGGUGAUGAUGUCGUGCCGCAGCUCGAUAGUGGCCCACACGAAGACAUUGAAGAUCCCGAGAUAAAAGCAGUGUGGAAAGGCUCGGACGAGUGUCAAGACGCACAUAUUCCUCGAUGCUCAGUAGCUGCCAUUGAUAACCGUUCAUCUACUCACGACGGUUCUCUCGCAGCUCUGCACAACCACUACCAAAGAGUAUUCGACGAGCACCGUGACCACACUGGCCAAGAGCAUCCCGAUAUAUGGGCGCUGUACUUCCUAUCCAAGGCAUAUUGUAAAGGGCGAUAUAUCUGCAACCUGCGCUUUUCCACUAACUCCUUCCAAUUAGUCCGCCCGGCUAUCGGUGAUGGCAUGGACGAAGACUGCAGUGGUUUCAAAUCACUUCCCGAGGGUCCCUUCUCAACCUGUCAUUCUAUUUUUAUUUACGAACACCUCAGCUGGGCAGUCGGUCCCUAUAAAACCGACGUCGAAUACCUGCGUAAGAUCCGAGUGCUCAGGGCGCGACUGAUCCAUGCGCCAGAGACGGUGCUCCCCAAGAACAAGAACAGGGUCACCCACCUCGCGGGCAUUGUACCGUUGCUUAAGCUGAUAGAGGUGUACGAUGAUGUGCUAUCGUCCCUCGGCGAGAAGCUCCGACUUGUGUGGUGCGAUCUCGAGAGCAGGCGAAUACAGAGUAAUCUCGAGACUCUCGAGUACCAGCUCAAAGGACCGGACUACGUGUCACUGGUACUGGGUGGGCGCCGCCUGGAGAACCACAUCAUGGCCCUUGCGUACAUCCUCCUCCGCCACGACAUGGAAGUUGUCAAACUCGCGAUCACGAAGCCAGUCGCCGUGCGUGAGUUUGAAGACAUGCGAGAGACUUGGAAUACUUUGUUCGACGCGUUCGGCCGUCGGCUCAAAGUUCUCUGGGAAGUUUGGCGGCAGCAACGGCUUGACCUGGAGUCGCAGGUCCAGUAUUACUGCCGGGGCCUCUUUCGUGGGUGGCAUGAACGUAACCGUGCGAAGAUGGAAGCGAACUCCGUGGCGUAUGCUGCUGACAGCGAUGAAAUCUACUAUGUGACGUCGUCAACGGACAGUGCUGACGUAGAAGACGGUGACGACGUCGCUUCGGAGUUGCAGAGCCGCCUGCGAUAUCCUGUUCCUGUCGAGCCAGAGGAUGAAGCUGGGCUUUUACUAGACACUCGGCCUGACUGGGAGCCUGUGGCGGUUAGCAAACGAAAGCCUGAGAACAUGCACCUCCAGGCUGACGCAGCACUCAUGAACAAGAUUAAAGACACCCGGAGGUGGAUGCGAAUACUGAUUCAGCGAGUGGAAUCCGUCGAAGAACUGUUGACCGAGCUGCAUGAUCGAAUGCUGAAGCCCGACGACAGCGAACAAAGUAGUGACGAAUCUAUGCGGCACGUGGUGUAUUUCUCACGGGUGGUAGAACCAAGUAGGGGCUCCCUCGAUAAAUCUUUUCACAGUAAACUCACUGUGCUCGAAGCCAGUCAAGCACUACCGAAAGCCGGCCAAGCGCUACUGAAAGCAAGAAGAAGCGUGAUAAAUGGAAAAGAUGAAGCCAUUAUCAUUAACUUGGUACUCUCUGUACUACCCUCCUUGAUCGUACGAGAUCUGGCGGCCCUGGAAGAGAAGCAUGACGCCCUGCUCUCUAAUUUUGUUCGUCUUCGUCAAGCUGUUCAAGGUUCGGGACUAUAUGAUGCGCGCGAGAGGAAGACCUUGACUGACCAGCCCUUCGUCCGUUAG